UUGUACUACUUGCAGCAAUUUUGCAUAUUCAAAGUAUCAUCUCACGUACGUUAUAUUAUAUAUAUGUUCAUAUAUAUAUAAUAUGAGAUCAUCAUUUGGAUUGUUCAGACUGUUUCACUAAUUCUUCCUCAUUGUACCCAUCGUAUAAAUUUCCAAAGCUUUGUUAGAUGCCCCAGUGUGUCCUGCAGGUUUACCGGUCCGCUGAGAGCGGUGACAUCUCUGGUCCUCGGGCAGUGUAACUCGGUAUUGGCUGCAGACCCAGGCAGGUGCCCCAAAUUAUGCUACGUGAGAUAUUGGCUUAGCAGUGGGAGAGGAAGGAUGGUUCAGUAUUUCCAGACAAGUGAGAUGGGUCCAUAUUGAAAUAUUUAUUUUUAUUUUAUUUUUUUCAAAAAAUCAGGUACAAAAAUGAGAGCCCAAACAUACACCUCCUUGGAGACAAAUUAUCUACCAGUUCUCUUAGAAAAUAUUGAAUGGAAAAAGCUGCAAGGGUGCAAGGGCCUAAUAAGAGAGGAAGAAAAACAAGGGAAAUUGCUUUACAAAAUUCUAAUCAGAAGACUAGACUAGUUGCUUUUUUUCAAACAAAUUAGCUAAUUGCAAUGAAAUGGCAGUCCUCAAAGGAGUAACAAGUUCAUCUUUCUUUCACCAUAGGGGUUACAGUUCCUUGGCUUGUGCUACUCUGGAAUCAUUUUACUGUUUCUGUUUUUAUUAUCUUAAGUGCUAAUUAACAAAAGGAAAAAAAUAUCCUGUAGUUUCAUUACCUUUUUGGAUAAUGUCAUACAAAAAGAAAAAAAAGAAGAAAAAAAAAAAAGAAAAAAAAAAGAAAAAACUAUGUAUUUGUGUUUUUUUUGUGCUGUGAGAAUUGUUGUUUGUAGAUUAAUAAUACUAUCAUUUUGUUUAGAAUUACAAACUAGUUUUUAAGUAUUGUCUGAGAAAAGCCAAAGUUAAUGCAAUCUAGUGGAAACUGUAAGACCAUUUGAGUAUUGUUUCUGUUUUAUUGAUGCAUUUGAAUUUUGUUGUUUGAUGGAAUUUGAGCCAAAAAAAAAAAAAAGAAAAAAAAGAAAAAGAAAAAAAAAGCAAGCUUUCCUAUUUCUACAACCUGAUUGUACUUAACGCAUUUUGUACCAGUGGAACUUUUUAUACUGGAGAUUAAAAAACAAAUGGAAAUUUUUGUGGCUUACUCUCGUGGGCCCCCUCGAUCAUGACUGAUUUUCAAGUUUGAUUUCUGGACGGUAGAAAGAGAGUUGGUUUUGUUUAGAGAAUUAAAAACUUUGGCUUGGUUUCUUUUUUUCCCUUUGCUUAUAUCUAGUGUUUAGAAUUUUGUCUUAACAAAAGCGGUAAGUUUCACUUUUUAUUCUGUAUUGUGCAGUUACACAAUAAGGUAAUUAGAAUUAGGAGUACUCGGUCACUUUGCGUGGAUAAAUGUAUUAGUUAAAGCGUUAGGGGUUUGCUUUUUUGCUGUUUAGAUCAGAGUUUUUUCUGAUUCUUCUGUCCUCAUUGUGAACAUAACCGUGUAGUUGAAACAGUCAGACUUAUUUUUGUAACGUAUGUUAUUGUGUGAUGCAGUUUUUUGCUUCUGUCUCCAAUAUUAAACCAUUUUCCUAAUACUUGUCUCUCUACUUUGUGUCUCGUAUUGUUGGUGGUCAUUAUGUGUUGGUAAUACAUCUACACACCUCACGUGUUUCACGUUCCUGUUUUUUUAUUUUUUUUUUUCCUCUAUUUGUUGGUUGUGUACAAAAGAUACAGUCGAUUCCACCUAAGUGAAUAUCUGAUUGGGGGGCAAAAGAGGAUUUGUACAUUUUAGCCAUGUUACGGUUUCUUUGAUUUUCUUCUCUCUCUCCCUCCCCCUAGUCAUGCCUUAUCACUUGGAUAAUCUGAGCAGGAAGCAUCUUAAAUGAGUUUCCUGCAAAGUCAUACGGAAGAUAGCUUUUGUGAGCCUUCUAACUGUAAAAGCUUAUGCACACAAACACACAGAGAAAUCAGAAGCCAUGUGAAAAGCUUUUUGCCAACGUGCCAGUCAGUCUGCAAAAUGCGGAUUAUGGAGAUCAAUUCUUCCUAGUCGCUCAGAAAAAAUACUGUGCCGCCGCUUCGCAGAAGCGUAUGAAACAUUCAAGAAAAGGAGAAUGUAGCCUUGGGAUUUCUUCCGAACUGCACAGUAAUCUGAUGGCAUAUGGUGUUAGUCAAACUCCUUAGCAACUAAUCACAUCUUAACUAGGGCUGUGAGAGCCUGCAGAAGCCUACCAGGUGAACAAGCUUGUUACGUGCAGUUACACAUAUCAUAAUUUAAAAAAUAAAAUUCAAGUGAGCACAGAGAGACUCUGUUAAAGCCAGUGGGAGAAAAAUAAACAAAACAAAACUCUGGGAAAAAAAAUUCUCCUGUUGUUCAAACGGGUGAUGUUUUUGCUGUGGGCUUACAGAGCAGCUCAUUCUCAGCACUGGCUAAUAGUAUUACACAAAUCUCGAAAAGGAACAAAAGAAAUACCAUAGCUCUUUUUUUUUUUUUUUUUUUUUUUUUUGUAAAGUUGGCUUUCAGCUUUUUUUAUUUUACUUUUUCAUUUCUUAUAAUUUUUUUCCUCACAAGAAUCUCUCUGCUCUUCCCCACAUCCGUCAUGAUGAAAUAAAAGACACGAAAAAUUCUCUGUUGUUCUGGUUUACGAAGUCUCUCUUCUCUCCUCUGUCUGAUCACAAACUUUAUAAUUUGGAGAGGGGAAAAAAAAUAAAAAUAAAAAUAAAAAUAUAUAUAUAAAAAAAAAAAACCAAUAACAAAAACCAAACCCAAGGAGGAGAGAGAAGCACUGGCUAGUGCUCUCUGGAAUUCAAGCCAUAUGCCCACGUCCCUUUCCUUUGUCCCAUUUUCUGUGAUGCUCAGGAAUCGAAGACCACUUAAAAGUGCUCUUAUGAGACCCAAUGGACUCCUUCCUCGUGUCUCCUGUCCCCUGGUCCCUCUGGCACGCUGGCUCUGGCUCACACACACACAGCCCCAGGCACGGGGCAUGGCGCUGGGUGCUCUGCAGUUUGCAGCCAUGACCUUGACUGCUGUGUUUGGAAGAGUUUUGGAAUUUUUGGGUGGCUCGUGAGUUGGCCUGGUUGAUAUUGCUAGAACUAUUUUUUAUUUCUUUUUAAGGUUGGCAGUUGUUUUUUUUUAAGAAAACUUUUCCGCAGAAGGUAUAGAGGUGAUGAGUCUGGCAUAGAACCUUCUAGGUUGGAAAAGACCUCCGAGAUCAUCAAGCCCAACCAUCAGCCUGACCUACUGAGUCCCAUCACCAAGCCAUGUCCCUUAGGGCAUCCCAAACAAGCUCCAGUGUUGUCCUGUAGGUCCUGUUCUCAGGGGUCCAAGUAAACACCUUCCCUGCAGCCCUAGGUUUAAUCCAAAACCACAGAGGCCUGUAGAGAGAACCUGAUGGUCAAGCUGUGUCCUGAGUCUUUUACACCUCUAGAUUUCGUGAUCCUGGUUCUGAUUAUGUUGAUGCCAGUUGAUUAAGUUAAGUCUGGACUUGCAUGAAUGAUAAAUCAGAGUUGAUCUCUGGGAUUUUUGUUGCUGUUGUUGUUGUGGAUGUUUUUGUUUUUUUUUUCCCCAAACUCAAUGAUUUUAGGGAAGAAAUUAGAGAUCUGCAAGGGGCUCUUCUCCCAAAAAACAGAACCAAAAAAAAAACUUUUGCCAUAGUUGAGUUUCUUUUAAAUACUCAGGGCUGGAAGAGACAGGUUUUCUUUUUUUUCUUUUUUUUCUUUCUUUUUUUUUUUUUUUUGUAAUUUCAACAAUGGGGAAAAAUGAGUUCCUUAAAGCAAUGCAGCUGAACAGUUUGUCCUGCUUAAAUGCAUGCUUUUAAUUUCAAUUAUGUAAGGCACCUUGCAGCGUUAGCAAAAUGUCUCUUUGUUAGCUAUAUGUGUAUCGCCAUGGGAAAUUACCAAACUGUCACAAGACUUGCUGAUUAAAGAAUAGCCUGCCAGAGUGUGUGUGUCUUUGCCCAGUGUGACUCUUAGGUAUUAGGCUAAGGAAAACAGUUUAACAAAAUGUAGUGUGAAUCAUUCCUGAUAAGUGAAUAAAGCAUUGUGACCAAGCAAUCAGAUUAUUCACUUAUCAGGAAUCGACUGUACUGAGAGUUUGCCUGAUUGUUUCUGUUCCUCAUCUCUGUUGUAGUUUCACUACUUUGCUGUGUUCUGUUUUUUCUCUCAUGCUCUUAGCAAAAUCACUGGGAAUAUCCCUUCGUGUGAUCAUGAAACAUGCUACUGAGUAACAAAAAAAAAAAAUUAAAAUAUAAAAAUGAUAUCUUAAAAUCUAUGCACUUGCUAUCAGGAACACAAUACUGGAUGUGUCUUAUAUAUAUUGAACUAUAAUAGUAUUCGAUUUCUUAAAUAAAGCUUAAGAAAGGA